AUGGCAUCUGGUUCGACAAAUUCAAAUUCAGACCGUGAAGACAAUGCGACUGGAGGUGAAGGAGGUGAUGAUUUGAACAAAUUGAGACUAGAACGACAACAAUUGGCUAACCAACAAAAAGAAUUGGACAAGUCUUUGCGUGAUAAGCAGCAGCAGGACGCGAUGAUGGCAGAAAUUCGACGUUUGACGGAAGAAAAUGAUAGACAACGUCAAUUGGUAGAAAGAUUGUCGGCAGUAGAACCAAUUCAACAAAAUCAAAAUAUUGAAAGAAGAGUUGAAGCCGCGUUAGCUCAGCUAGAUUUAACUUAUGAAGAAAGAGAACGUGAAAAACCUCGAAAUUCACAGUCUUACAGCAACAAUUCGUAUAAUACCAGCGAAAUCAAUAAACCAGGUCACAUUAACGCACAACCGAAAUAUCAACAGAUAAGUCAACAUAACGGGGUAUCCACCAAUCCAAAUUUUCAAAAUACUGUACCAACAGCUGUUAGUUUUUGUUUACCCAACACAAGUUAUCCGCCACCUACUUACUUUGGACAAAAUCAAAGGUCGAAUGGAUAUCAUUUACCAACAGGGAAUCAUAAUAAUAACAAUAGUAAUAACCAACAACAAAAUUUAAACUGA